AUGAAGGACACUCAGGUUACGAUACGAGAGAAGCCAGGUUGUGACAUUGAGCUAGAGAAUCUUGAAAUAGAGCUUCAACAAAAGAAAGCUAAUCUCAAAAAGCAAGAGGAUAUUCACCUGCAACAGCUUCAAAAUGAGAAGUUGGAACUUGAUCUUAUGGAGAGAAGAAUGCGGAUACAGGAACAUGAGUAA